AUAAGAGUUUGAUUUAGUCACGGCACGCAGUUCAUUUGGAUAUUUAGAUAGGUACAUUUUGUUAUGAAGGUGAAGAUCAUGUUAGUUAUUCUGGACGACGAUUAUAAGCUGCAUUGCUAAGUUUUAUUUUGAGUGACUGGCUGCCAAAUGAUAACAACUGGACACUUGGAUUAAGACGAGAAAUACGAGCAUUUUUCGCGUUUUUUAUCAUUGUUAAACCGUUUUUACUUCGCUAUCUUAGGUAUAACAACGGGACAGUCGUUUAUAAUUGUUUGCCGUUACGAUUUACGUUUUUUAAAAGGGCUUAAUUCACUUCUGCAACACGAUCCAUUGUUGAAGAAAAGAUGUCAUCGUCUGCAGAACCCUUUUCCUACAUCGAAAUGAGUCGAGUCCGCGCAGCUGACACUGAAAUCGCUAGCGACGAUCAUCUCCUCAGAGAAACGGAGCCCAGUGAUUUAUUACAGGAGGCCGAGUGGUACUGGGCUGACAUAUCUAGGGAGGAGGUGAAUGAAAUUCUCCACGGCAUGCCGGACGGGGCUUUCCUGGUCCGAAACGCUUCCUGCAAGCGCCGGGGAGAAUAUACGCUAACCGUUAGGAACAACGGCGCCAACAAACUCAUCAGGAUCCAGCACCAGGAUGGGAAAUUUGGGUUCUCCGAGCCUCUGACCUUCAGCUCGGUGCCGGAGCUGAUAUCUUACUACAGGCAUCGGAGCUUAGUCCAGUACAACAGCUCUCUGGAUGUCACGCUGGCUUAUCCCGUGUCUCACUGCGACCCGCUUCAUACCUGUCCUGAUCUACCCGUGAAGGAAGAGUUUUUGAGUGCAACCAGAGAGAAGCUGCAUGAAUGUUUAAGACUGUUUCAGAAGACGGCCGAGUAUGACCAGCUGUAUGAUGCCUGCACUACGUUAUUACAGGAAAUCCAAAGGAGAAACGCAUUCGAGGCCGUCGACGCCACAGAGAUGCCUGAAGAACAGUGUUCUUCUCAAGAGAACCCUUGCCAGGGUUUCCACAGUGAGCCGAAAGAGUCUGAGCGCGAGAAGAGCGUGGAGCUGCUGGAGGAGGAGAGCUGGUUUGUGGGAGAUCUCGGCCGAGGACAGGCAGAGGAGCUUCUCUGUGGGAAACCGUCCGGAGCUUUCCUCAUCCGUAACAGCAGCACCAAGGACUGCUACGCCUGCUCUGUGGUGGUCAGAGGUCAGGUGAGGCACUGCGUGAUUCGACACACGGAGCGCGGCUACGGCUUCGUCGAGCCCUUCGAUCUGCACAAGUCUCUGAAGGACCUGGUCGUUCACUACCACCACACCUCUCUGGCGCAGCACAACCAGGCUCUGGACGUGCGGCUGGCGUACCCGGUCCACGCCGCUCACUGAACAGAACCGAGGAGACGCUCGCUCUUACCUCCUGGACAGUGUACACGCGCGACGAGCUCAACUUUCUUUGUAUAUUGCACUUUCCAAAGCAUUCCUCGUGGUCAUAAAGAUACUCCAGUACUUGAACAAGUGUUUGAUGAGCCCUUUGUAGACAUGUUUACAGACACUCAGAAACGUCACGAUGAGUUUUGUGACGCGCUCAUGCUCUUUUAAGCAAUUUUUCUUUUCUUUUUUUUUUUCGCGGGCGAAUGAUUAUAAUCUUUUAUCGCAAAUCAUUCAUCGCCCAAAACAUUUUAGAAAUGUACUUCGUGAAUGUAACACAGUCACACUUUCAGAUCUUGCUUUGUAACUAAAAAUCAAGAUGCUCUUUUGCGCACCCAAGUAAGGAUUUUACGUCUUUUUUUUUUUUUUUUUUUUUGAUGCAUGGUUUAUUCGUUUGAUAGAAACCUCUCUCAAACUGGUCUUAGUUUAUAAAAUCGAUGAAUAACGUUUUAAAGACGGCUUGAAGAUUUAGUCAGAAUACGAGCAUCCAUUUUGCAUCGGUUACAGAGUAGCAGGAAAUUCAGUUUAUUGAAUUUUACGUUUCUGCCGUACUCCUAAUGUUUACCUUUUUUAACUAUGCUUUUUUUGUUGUAAGAGAAGCCAGGACACGGUGCAGCUGUCUUACGGGCUUCAAGAAGUUUAAUACACGUGUCUGUGGUCGAGCACACGAUGCCAAACUGCUUAUUCUUGAGAUGAGCGACUCUUUUUAUUUGUCGUUUGUCAUCGGCGGACGCUACGAAGGGAACGUUCGCCCUUUGUUUUCAGAGCUUAUUUUUUGCUACAGUGGUUUCCCUUGCAUGCUUCUUAUAAAAUGAAAAAAAAAAAUUAAAAAAUAAACAAAAGCAAAAAUGAUUGAAUAAA